CCACCAGCACCACCAGCACCACCAGCACCACCAUCAUACACACCCACACACACCCACACACACACACACAAGCACACGCUCCACUUGCUUGAUGGUCAAGUUGGAAGGUGCGCUGCCAUAUGUGGCACUGCUCGCAGCCGCCGUUGUCGUGGCCUACAUGUCCUGGACAUGCAAGCAUCCAACAAGGGAGCUCGGCAUGGAGUACGUCGUGAGCAGAGAAAACAGCCACGGUGGCCAAGCCGCUGCUGCAGCCGGACACGCCACCGUUCGCCCAGCCGAUGUCUUUGAAGUGGAGCAAAAUGACAACAACCAACACCACCACCACGAGCAGCAGCAACAACAACAACAACGCCAGCAACAUCAACAACAGCAACAGCAACAACGACAACAACACAGAAAUGGGGACAGCAAGAACAAGAAGCGACCGAGACAAAAGAGUGGACCGCUGCCACCCUGCGACUUUGUCAUGAUCGUAUCCUUGGGUGGCACCUACAGCGCCGCACGGGAGGAGGAGCUCAUGACCGCAUUGGAGAAGAACGCCGAUCAAAUCGGAUUCCACUGCAUGCACGUGCUUGUGGACGGGCCCAUGUCCAGUGUAUUGAGGCAACGAUUCCGGGGCGUGCGCGGCCUGAGCAUCGUCGAGCGGUCGCGCCAGCCAACAUUUGCCACCCUCGUCAACUACGCCAACAACAACGUGUCCACGUCCUCCUUCUUCUCGCCGCACUCUCAACGAGAGCAGCUGGUGGUGCUUGCAAACGCGGACAUUGUGCUCGGCUUCAAUGACACGCUGCUCACCUGCAUGACGGCAGACGAUCUCCGUGCGCACCUGGGCACAACCCGCAUAUUUGCCCUCACGCGACACCCGUGGCCCGAGUGCCCCGAGGAGAGUGGCGGCGGCAGCAACCCCCGCCUCCCACAGAACCUGUGCAAGGGAACCAUGCCAAAUGGGCACACGGUCAACUCUGCAGACACGUUUGUAUUUGUGUCGCCGCUCAACGUCGACACAGCGCAGCUGGGCUUCGUGCAGAAUAUCCGUGGUGCUGAGAACAGGUUCAUCUACCACAUCAUGAAGGCUGGCUAUGCCAUCGAAAACCCGUGCCACCAAGUGCACACCUACCACUUGCAUUGCGUGAGUGAACGCGCACAUCACGCAGGCAUGCAUGCCUCCCGCGCAGACAAGCACUUUCGCGCCUUGAUACCUCGCAACAGUCUAAAGUGCACCACAGACUCUUGACAGGCAGCGCUGUGUUUGUACGCCUGCGUCUGACUGUCUGACUGUCUAUCUGUCUGUGUGGCGUGUACAUCUGACUGCCUGACUGUCUGACUGUCUAUCUGU